CAGAUCAGUUUAGUAUUGACCUACAAACGCGCAAUAUGGCCGGGAAGAUAUUUAUUUUCGCGGGUUUCAUUAUUGCCUCAGGCCAUGGACAAUUAGAAUCUCUCUGGGACUCUAAUACCUCUUCAGAAACGGACACAUCAACUUCAAACGAAAAUAAAUUUGCCGGAUUUCUCUCAAGUACGUAUAACUUCUUCAACCGGGUCAGCAAUCUCUUUACCGACCAGAAUACCAGCGACAAUUUUACCGACGAAUACAAGUCCACCUUCAGCAAUGAAGACUGCCAUCUUACCUGUGACCAGCUCAUCGCCAAAUAUGGAUACCCGGUGGAAACGCAUAAAGUCAUAACUGAAGAUGGUUACAUUUUGAAGAUGUUCCGGAUACCCAGCGACGGGCCAGUCGUUUUUCUUCAGCAUGGAUUAUUAGGAAGUGCAGAUGACUAUUUAGUGGCUGGGCCAGACAACGCAUUAGCAUAUUUGCUAGCAAAAGACGGCUACGAUGUCUGGUUGGCAAACUCGCGCGGCUGCAAAUACUCACGAAAUCACACCAAGUUGGACCCAUCUGAAAGCGCUUUUUGGGACUUCUCAUGGCACGAACUUGGCUACUACGAUCUGCCAGCCAUGAUCGACUACACUUUAAACGCUACCGGACAACAGAAUCUGAAAUACAUCGGGCAUUCCCAAGGGACUACCGCUUUCUGGGUCUUAGGGUCCGAGCGUCCGGAGUACAUGGAGAAAAUCGAACGCAUGAUUGCACUGUCGCCGAUAGCUUUUACCUCACACAUGAAGAGUCCUAUCAUAAGACUUAUUGCUCCCACAGGAGGAUUUAUACACAGUUUUGCAAAAACUGUCGGUCUGUAUGAGCUUGCUCCCGAUAAUACCUUGAUGACGUUGUUUAGAAGAAUUGCGUGCAGCGGUGGACAAUCUGCAGAAAUCAUGUGUACUAACCUAAUGUUUCUGGCGACAGGCUAUAAUAUAGAGCAGCUUAACAUUACUAAUUUACCAGUGAUCCUCAGCCAUGUGCCUUCAGGCGCGUCAGCAAAGCAGUUCGCACAUUACGGGCAAGGGAUUAUCUCCGGAAAAUUCAGGAAGUUUGACAACGGUGAAGCGGAGAAUUUGGAGCGGUACGGAUCGAGCGACCCGCCCGACUACGACCUGUCGCGUGUGACAGCUCCCGUGUCGCUAGUCUACAGCGACGCCGACUGGCUCUGCGACGCGCGGGACGUCGACUCGUUGCACGACAAGUUGCCCAACGUCGUCGACAAACACGAGGUGCAGUCGACAAACUUUAAUCAUAUGGACUACGUGUUCGCGAAGGAUGUGAAACGACUUAUUUAUCAGCCGUUAAGUAAAAUGCUAACUCGUUACUAA